AUAGGUCCACAGAUUGAUUGGAGAACUGUAUUCUUGAUUGAAUACCUUGGACCAUUGUUGAUUCAUACGACUUUGUACAUGGGACAAAGCAUAUUCUAUGCUGCUCCUGCUCAAGAAGAGAUAUCCCAAACUAGGAUCUCGUUCAUGAUGAUCAUUCUCCACUAUUUCAAACGCGAGCUGGAAACGGUUCAUCUGCAUCGUUUCAGCAAUGAUACUAUGCCACUUGGCAAUCUUCCAAAAAAUUGCUUCCAUUAUUGGGUGAUUGGUGGCAUUAUGAUUGCCUAUCCCCUUUAUCAGCCAGGCUAUGAACAUGGAUAUUUUAAAGGCCUCACAGAGCCCAUGUUUCUCGGUCCGCUUCUUUUGAUAUGGUUGUUUGCCGAGGUUUCAAACUUGAUGACACACAUCACUUUGCGAAACCUCCGUCCUGUUGGAACUCGUGUUCGAAAUAUUCCAAUGGGCUACGGAUUCAACCAUGUGACUUGUCCAAACUAUUUUUUUGAAAUUCUUGGAUGGAUCGUACUCUCUCUGAUUACCGGAUCAUUGGCUGUGUGGUUUUUUACAAUUGUUGGAGCAGUGCAAAUGUAUUUUUGGGCAGUCAAAAAGCACAAGCGAUACAUUAAAGAGUUUGGCGACAAGUAUCCCCGUAGACGCAAGAUUCUUAUACCCUACAUCAUUUAA